AUGGACAUAUUAGCUCAUAGCGAAAGCAUUGUGGGCAAAAGCUUUGAAUACUGGAAAAAUUUAUACGACCAAGGUAUUAUUGAUCGCCAUGCAAUUCAACUACGAUUUAACCAUUUAAAAUAUGCUCUUAAUCACAAGUUUAUUACCAAUGAAGAAUAUGAUGCACACCAAUUGGAAAUAACUAACCAGUAUGAUCCAUCGUUUACGGAUUAUAAACCAUGUUCAUUAAUGAAUUUUUGUAAAGUGUUAAAGACACAUAAUUUAACAGAUAACGUUAAAAUAAAUAAGCCAUUGAUAAUCGAUAAACAUUGUGAAGAACUAACUUACCAGUUACAAAAAUGUAUUAUAAAUACAUCAGAAAAUAUCAACCAGCAAAAUGGAGAGUUAGUUAAAGAACAUGAAUAUUAUCUCAAUGAAGAACAAGAAAAUAAUAAUAAUCUAACUGAAAUUCCAAAAAAACCUAAAAAAAAACGUAAGAGAAAGAAAAAAUUUAAUAAUAGUGUAUGUAAAAGUAUAGACCAUACCAAUACUUCAAAAACUUUACUAACAGACAAUUUUAAAGAUGAAUAUAAUGAUAAAUUGGGUAAUUCUAUUGUUAAAUCGAAAAAUACAGUAAAAAUAUUUAUUCGUCAAAUGAAUAACAAAGACAAGAGCCAGAUUGACAGAAAAGAAUCAAUUGUUUCAAAUCAAAGAUCUGCAAGAGAUAUGUUCAGUAAAAUGUUAAAGAAAUUAAAAAAGGAAAGAAUAAAAAUGCCAUAUUAA